AUGGCCUCCUCCGCAGACGCGCUCUUCGACGACUUUGCGGCCGCUCACGAAGACCCCUCUGGACCCAAUGGCUACCUUCUCGCAAGCACAAUCUCGCCCGAGGCACCGAAGCACGAUGCCGGCCGCUUGUACAACUUCCGAAACGGCAUCAACCAGUACAGUGUGCGAACGGACUUGCAGUACAAGUUGCAGUUCAAUCCAGUGCUGCAGCUGAGCAAGAAGGAGGCGACCGCCUGGGUGGACAUCUUCGCCUUUUACCACAAAUUCGUCGGCAGUCUUAUCCAGGCGGAAGAGCUGCAGAACAUUGGACGUGCUCAAGACGGUGACUGGCCCAGAGUGUACGAGGAGUGGAAGGAAGUCGUGAAUGCACUCUUCAGAGGCUACCAGACGGCAGGUUUUGGCGCGUGGACGAUACCGUGCCUGUACGUCGCAGGUCGCUACCUACGCAUCUUUGCCAUCAAAGCCGACGAGAAAAUCGCGAGUCAACGAGACAGCGGUCUUGCGUUUGGCGGGAUUGAAGAAGAAGACGCUUUCGACCCGAGCAGCAAGAACGAAAAGCUGGAAGAUGCUGCCCGACAGAUCAACCGCAUAUUCGGAUUGUGCGUCGGUGACCGUAAUCCGCUCGAAGACUCCCGCAAGUGGGCUCUUUACUACGUCGCGACCUUGCUCUUCAAGACGCAUUUCAAACUCAACCACAUCUCUUUGUCGAAGAACAUUCUCCGAUCGCUCAGCGCAUCGAGCACAGACAUGCCGCAACUGUCGGCAUUCCCCAAAAGUCACCAAGUCCCGUUCAUGUACUAUUGCGGUGUCAUCCACUUCCUGGAGGAAGACUACGCCGCAGCCGAAGAGCAUCUAACAGCAGCAUACAACAUGUGUCAUGUCGAAUCGAGGAAGAACGUCCAAUUAAUACUCACAUAUUUGAUCCCGACGAAACUGCUAACAUCACAUUCCCUGCCAUCAUCCGCCUUACUCGCACAGUACCCAUCGCUUGCGCGCCUCUUCCAGCCCAUCGCCGACGCCAUUCGCACUGCAAACCUGACAGCGUUCGACUCGGCACUCGCCAGCGGCGAGGCAGAAUUCGUCAAGCGCCGUAUCUACCUUACCCUGGAACGUGGCCGGGAUGUCAUCCUACGCAACAUCUUCCGCAAGCUCUUCCUCGCCGCAGGACAUGAGGCUCCGAAAGAGGGUGAUGUUGCGCCGCCAGCGAGACGGACCAGGAUAUCGGUGGACGAAUUCGCAGUCGCUCUGCAGAUAUCCGGUGCCGAGGUCAGCAAUGGCGAUGAUGGGAUUGACUAUGAUCAGGUGGAGUGCUUGAUUGCAAACGCAAUAUACAAGAAUCUCAUGAAAGGCUACAUAGCCCGAGAACGCCGCAUCGUCGUGCUUAGCAAAGGUGGUGCGUUUCCAGGAACAGGUGUCUGA